AUGGCAACGAAGAUAAUAUGCUUAAUUACUACUAUAGAUGAUGUAUAUGAUCUCUAUGGCACAAUGGAAGAAAUCGAACUUUUUACAGAUUUUGUUGACAGAUGGGAUAUUAAUGAAAUUGACAAGCUUCCCCAGAACAUAAAAACAUGCCUUCUUGCCAUGUAUAAUACUAGCAAUGAAAUUGGGUAUUGGACACUGAAAGAGCGACGCUUCAACAUCAUCCCUUAUCUAAGCGAAGCGUGGGCAGAUCUCUGUAAAGCAUACUUGAAGGAAGCAAAGUGGUACUAUGGUGGAUACAAGCCUACGUUGGAAGAAUAUCUUGAAAAUGCAAAGGUUUCCAUAGCAGCGCCUCUCAUGCUAUUAUGUAGUUACUUCCUAACCACAGAUAAAAUCACUAAGGAGGCAUUGGAUCAUCUAGAUGAGCUUCCAAGUAUCAUGCGUUCCGCCAGCUUGCUUCUUCGACUUGCCAAUGAUUUGGGAACAUCAUCGGACGAGUUGGCCAGAGGAGAUAUCCUCAAGGCUGUUCAGUGUUACAUGAAUGAAACUGGUGCAUCUGAAGAAGUUGCUCGUGAAUACAUAAACAAUUUAGUCCAUGAAAUAUGGAAGAAAAUUAACCGAGAUAUGCUCAACCACUGUCCUUUCUCUGAACCAUUUUUAAGUGCCAAUCCAAAUAUUGCUCGGACUGCUCAAUGCUUUUACCAAUAUGGAGAUGGACAUGGUGUGCCAGACAGUUGGACAAAGGAUCAUCUGAUUUCCUUACUAGUCCAACCGAUUGCUUUAAACUAG